AUGAAUUUAGCACAGAUAAGUAAUAGCGUAAUAUUUAUUCUGACAAUAGCUGUUCUUAAUAGUGAAGAACAAAACAAUUUGAACAUUACGAAUUACGUAAAUUUUUUUCAUUACGUGAUACCAGUGCACUACUGCAUACAGCUCGACUACAUAAUUUAUGAACACAUUGAUGAUAAACUUGAUAAUAUUUGGGAAGAGAUAGCUGGUUUAAAAAAUGAAUAUGACUCAUUUCUCUUUCGCGGUAAAACUAGUACAACUAUUAAUAUCCUACGUUUGUUGAUAGCUCCAUACAUUCAAGAGCGGAAUGGAAUGAGACAGUUAUUUCCUUGUUGGGACCAACCGCAAUUGAGGGCCACAUUUAACAUUUCGAUAAAACAUCCUCGCUAUUAUUCAGCUUUAUCAAAUAUGCCGACUAAGUUCAUGACCUAUGAUAAUUAUACAGAUUCUUUACGCACAUACUUCUAUAUUACGCCUCAAAUGAGCACUUUCCAAAUUGGGAUAGUCAUGACUGAGUAUCAAUCCAUUAAAAUUAAUAAAAACAUUACUUUGUGGUGCGAUUGUGAUUCAGAAGAACGUCGUCCGAAAUUUGAGUUUGCACGGAGAAUCAUGAACAAUAUUACAUUGCAGUUAAAAUCUGAAUUUGGUGGGAUAAUUAUUCCAAAAAUGGAUCACAUUGCGAUCCCAAAUUUUCCACAAGACAGCAUCUCGAAAUUGGGGCUCAUAUUUCAUUCGGAAGCCAAUCUUAUUUAUGAUGAAACAUUGGAUACAGUUAUACGUAAAAUGGAAGUCGCACGUUUAAUAGCACCUAAAAUAUCAUAUCAAUGGUUUAGUAACCUCCUCAGUUCAGACUGGUCUCAUUUGUGGUUACACGAUGCUCUUGCUACUAUGUUCGGAGAAGAAGCUGUUGUUAAGAGCUUCAAUAAUUCUGAAAUUUUGGAUCUCUUCAUAAUUCAAAAUCAAUACGAAUCUCUUCAUCUGGAUUCUCAUUUUAAUAUGAAUCCUGUGGAAACCACUAGAUCAUCGGACAUUAAUUCAAUUUUCAGUUUUCCUCGUUAUAUGAAAGCAAUAAUUGUUUUACGGAUGUUCCGAAGUGCUAUUACUGAUGAAGUGUUUCGAAAUAAUGUCCAUGCAUAUAUAAGCAGACAUUAUAAUACAACGAGUUACGGAAAGUGGCUGAUACCCAUAACUUUAAGGGAAAUAUCAUCAUUAAAUGAAAAUAUGUGGAAAAUAUGUUUAAAACCAAAUAUUGGUUCUUCCGAGUUUCCCACAGCUAUUUUAAAUAAAUCUUGGAUGGUAAACAUUGAGCAAGCUGGUUACUAUCGAAUCAAAUAUGAUUCAAUAACCUGGGGAAACAUUGCAAAAUAUUUAAAUGACUCAGCUGGAGAUUAUAAGAGUAUAAGUGUCAUCAAUCGGGCUAAAUUUAUUGAUGAUGCGUUUCAUUUGAUGAUGAAUCGUGAGCUCGAUGUAUCUGCAUUUUGGAAUCUCACGAAAUUCUUAUCGCAAGAAACAAAUUUCUUAGUGUGGUAUCCAAUGAUUAAAGUGUUUGAAUAUAUGUCGAAUUUAAUUCCACUUUCCAGAGAAGAAAUUGAGAUCGCCGAUAUUAUGGAGAAAUUAAAAAAAUUGUUGGAAAAACCUCUGAAAACACUAGGAUAUGAAGAACAUUUGGUGGAAAAUGACUUUGUUAAAUGUUUAAGACAAGAAAUUGUGAAAUGGGCAUGUAUUUUCCAAUUCGAUGAGUGCGAACAAUCAGCUUUUCGUAAAUUAAUGCAACAUCUCGGAAAUCCUGAAAUAAAUCCCCUCUUACCAUGGUGGAAGCACUGGACAUAUUGCAAUGGUGUUGCAGUAACUUAUUUAUUUACGUGGACACUCAUAAGAGAUACAUGGUUCAAAGCACGUAAUCAUAAGUUGCUACCCUUCUUAACUUGUUUUAGGAAUGCUACUCCAAAUACUACUUCUUCAUUAUUAUCGGAGCGUUUCCAAGAGGAAGGGGAAGCCAAUCUUAUUUAUGAUGAAACAUUGGAUCCAGUUAUGCGCAAAAUGGAAAUUGCACGUUUAAUAGCACAAAAAAUAGCAUAUCAAUGGUUUAGUAACCUCCUCAGUUCAGAUUGGUCUUAUUUGUGGUUACACGAUGCUCUUGCUACUAUAUUCGGAGAAGAAGCUGUUGUUAAGAGCUUCAAUAAUUCUGAAAUUUUGGAUCUCUUCAUAAUUCAAAAUCAAUACGAAUCUCUUCAUCUGGAUUCUCAUUUUAAUAUGAAUCCUGUGGAAACCACUAGAUCAUCGGACAUUAAUUCAAUUUUCAGUUUUCCUCGUUAUAUGAAAGGUGAAAAUAAUUAA